GUCUUAUCUAAGGAGCAUGCAGCUCUUGAAGUUACAUCUGGUGUCCACACCUUAGUAGAUCUUGGAAGUAUGAACAAAACUAGGAUAGGGAAGAUGGCGUUGAAACCACAUGUUCGAUAUGCACUUCAAGGUGGAGAAAGUAUUCGGUUUGGUGAUGUUCUUGCCAAAUACAUAAUCAAACCUAAGGCCCCAUGUGAGGAUAGUGGAUCAGAAACUGGUUCUGAGUCAAUGCUUCAGCUUGAAGAUCCUGAAGAUAGAACAUCUCCAGUUCUUACCCAUGAACUUCCAGGUUUGGAUACAAGCAACCAGGCGACUAGUGAGCCAGGCUGUAGCAAGAAUAGUCCUGAACAUACUCUUAAUGAAAGUGCCUUUGUUCCAGAAACUCAAGAAGAUAAGAAACGUUUGUCUGGGAUAGAGUUCUCACCAUCUGGUUUUCAUAAAACUUUUAUACCAGAAUCCCCAUCUACCUCCCAAAGUACUCCUCUUCAGGGAAGAAAGGCCUCUUCUAUUUCAGAAACACCAGGGAGUGUAUCUGUCUUAAAGGAUGUGACAUCUGAUAAUGAUAGUUUCUUCUUUGAGUCAUCACAACCAACAAACAAGGCUUUGAAAGAAAAAUUGAAUAAAACGACUGAAAAUAAAGGUGAGGUGGACUACAACAGUGAUGCAAGCACUGACCUAGAUGAAGAUAUUGCUACCCAGCUGUUUGAUGACUCAGUGGAUGAUGUGACAAGUACAGCCAAAAAAUCUUAUACAGCAAAGAAAGACAAAGAUGAUGAAGAUCUUUGUUUUCAGCCAACACAGUUGUUUACAGGUACAGAUCAUCAAACAAGUAAAGAUAAUGCUGAUGAUACUCAAGAUGUGUUAGAUGCAUUUGAUGAUAAUAUUGAAAAACAAUCACUUUCAACUUCAAGAGAUGAGGAUGAUGACUAUGUUCCUACUCAGCUCUUUUUUGACGAUGAAAGUGACUCUGUAUUCAAGAAACCUGCAACCUUAGCACCAAAAAGCAAGAAGAGGAUUUCAGGUAAUCAAAGAGCUAGCAAAGUUGAUGAUGACUUAUUUGAAGAGUACCUUUUGGCACCCACUCAGCCUUACGGGGAGUGUAGUAAAAGCAAACAGACUGUACCUGAUGAGGAUGAUGUAUAUGAUGUACCAACACAGCUAUUUAGUAAUGACAAAGUUGGUGAAAACAAUAAUAUAAAAGACAGAGAAGAUAUGAAGAAUUCUGCUAGUGACCGUGAUAAUGAUGUUAACAAUAUGUCCAGUCAACCAACAAAGUUGUUUUCAAGGGGCAAAGUGUCAGCUGAUGUCCUUAAAAAUUAUGGAAAUUCAAAUAAAAUUGCUGACAGAGACAGUAGUAACAAUAAUGACAAUAUUUUAGAUCAACCUACUCAGCCAUUCAUGGAUGAAAAAGACAAAGUUAAUGACUUUUUUGAUGCCCCAACACAGGUCUUUGAGGAAGAAUCUCUAGAUUCAAAGGAAAAACCUGGAAGCAGUUUAGUCGAAGAGAAUAGUAAAACCAGACUUGAGAUAAUGAAAACAACAGUGCAUUGUAGUGACAAAGAUGAAACACCAAAAGAAAAGUUAGCUGGUGAUGAAGAAAAUGUGGAUGAAGAGGAUUUACUUCCUACUCAGCUUUUUGAUGCAACUAAGUCCAGCAAGGAAUCUCCUUUAUUGGCUGAUAGUGAUGAUGAUGAUGAUCUUUUGGCCACACAGUUGUUUGAUCCCAGUGAAAAGUCAGUGAAGGUAUCAAGGAGCAAUGAUGAAGAUGGCAAGAAGUCAAGAAUAAUAAAUGCUGUAUUCCAAACACCUUCAAAAGGUAAUGAUGUAAACGAUGAGGAAUUAACUCCAACACAGAUAUUUAAUCCUCGUAAAUCAGCAGCAAAAACCCCAAAAAGAUUAGUUGACAAUGAUGAUGGUUUGCCACCCACUCAAGUAUUUGAGGGACACUAUGCUUCCAAAAAGACUAUAGAGUCAGUGGAUGAUGAUAAAUUUGCACCAGCUCAAUAUUUCAAUUGUAGUGAAAGUGCUCUUAAAACUCCUAAGAGUAUGUUAAAUGACAGUCUGCCUCCAACACAGUUGUAUAGUACAGUUUCAAUGGUGGACAAUACAGAGGAAGCUGCAACUAGUCAUGAAUUACCAGCAACUCAGCUGUAUUCUGAUUGCAAUCUCUCCUCAGAUUCUCCAAAACCAUUAUUAAAUAGAGCUGGUGCAAAGCCUUUUACCACAGAGGAAAAAACAUGCAGAAGUUCUGUAGACCUGGAUGAUGGUGGUCAUUUGCCAACUCAGCCAUUUGCAGACUCUAACGGAAAUCUUAGUAUGAAUAUGGAGUCCACUGACAAAACCAGUUUACCAAGCAAAGAUGACAUUAUCACUGAGGCUCCAACACAGCCUUACAUAAAUGUUUCAAGUGUUGAAAGUAGCUGCACACAAAAGGACCUAAAUAUGACAGAAAGUGUGAAGUUACAAGCAACUGAAAAAGGGCAUAUGGAAAAUAUUGAUGAAGAUGCAACUCAGGAUAUAAGUUUCGAUGGAUUUAUUGGUGUGGAUAAUACACGUGUUCUAGAGCAGUCACUAGGAAAAAUGAAGGAAAGAAAGGAUAUUGCAUGGGACCAUGCCAGUGAUGCUGACUCAGUUGCUUCUGAGACUUUGCUGAAUGAUGAUACAUUAAAGGAUGAAGAUACUACUACAAACUCAAAGCUGGAAUUAACAAAAGUGGAAGAAAGCAACUUAAUAGCUUGUGAUGAGAACAAUAAAAAGGAACUUUCUAAUAUUGAAAAUUACCACUCUGAUGAAAGUACUGAUGUUGAAGAUGAACUUUCCGCUGUCAAAAAUUUGAAUGAAGUUGGUGGUCAGUGUAGUUCUGUUAAACUGACUCAUGAUGGUGGUAUAUUAACUGAAGAUUCAUCACAUGCAGGUAAAUUGUCAGUUGAAAAAACGGAAAGCUCAUCAACAGCCAAACUUGUAGAUGAUAUUGAGUCAAACAUGAAUAUUCAAAACAUAUCUUCUAAACAAAGCAUCACAGUUACCAGUACACUCCAGGAGGAAGUUAUGCAGAAUUCAAAUGAAACAGAAGAAAUGUUGGCUCUAGAUGUUUGCUUACUUGACUCUCAAGAUGAAACUCAGGUUAAUGAAAGCUCAGUGUUUAAAGGUAUUAGCAACGUAGAUGUUAAAUCAGAAAGAAGUAAAGAAACAUCCUUUCCAUUGUCAAGUGAUAGUGAUAGUGAAGAAGAUAGCUUUAAUGUUUCACAAAAGAUAUUUGACUUGACUCCCAAUGAAAAAGUAAAUACACAAUCUUCAGCAUCCACUGAGGAAGAGGCAGGCAGUGUAGCAGCACUUAGUAAGGCUAAACGGAAAUUCGCAAGUAGUAAAGAAGGCAGGAAUAUCCAUAAUUAUUCUGACAUCGAAGAGUCUCCUAAUAAAAAGAGAUGCAAUCGAGCAGCUAAAAAAAAUGAAAAGAAACCAGAAAAACAGAGAAUUACUAGAUCUAAGUUGAAUACUAGGAAAAUUGCGGGUAUCUCAGUGUUAGAAAAUAAAACGUGUCCCAUUGAUGAUAAGAGAUUACCAGACAAACAGCAAUGUUCAAAUAUGCAAAUAACUGCUGAUACAUCAGGUAGUGAUAAUGAUGCAGAUAAAACUUUGAAAAUAAGCUGUAGAAAAACAAGAAAACGCACCCAAGGUUCCCUAGAGCUGCUUGCCAACAACUCCAAGAGAGAUGAAAGUAGGUGUAAAAGCCCCAAGUUAGAAGCACCAGAAAUGGAACUGGAUCAUAAGUCUUCAAAGAGAUUGAAAUCCUGUGACCUUGAAAAAAAUUAUACAGCUGAAGUACCAUCUGGAAAGCUGCCAACACUCUCACCUGAAAAGAAUGUAAAACAGGAAGAAAAGUUUGGAAGACAGAGGCAAGUUUCAGAAUGUGCAACUAUGCAGAGUAACUCAUCCACUGAUACUUGUAGAGAAGUGACAGUAGAUGAUGUUCAUGAAGCACAGCAGAGUAAUACGUCUUGUAGAUACUCCAUUUCCAAUAAUCAAAAUAACCAGCAAUUGGCAAGUAAAGCUGAGAGGAGAAAUACAAGACGGAGAACAGUAAAUCCAGUACCAGAAACUCAAAAGGAAUUAUCUUCAGAGAAACAAAGACCAGAAAAUAAGACAGAUAAAAGAAUUGAAAGUAACAGAGAGAUUUCUCAAGAGCAAAAGGAAAUCUCAGGUGUUCGCAGAAGCCGAGGUAGGAAAAGUAGAGUCAUGCCCAGUGAGGCUGAGAUUCAGAACAAUAAGGAAGAUUUCUCUGAAGGUAAUAUUCAUAUAAGAAGUUCAGAAAAAGCAGAAUGUGCAUCAGGAAAGCCAACAGUGCUUCAGAAUAAGGUAGGUCCAAUUAAAAAAGUGGAGGGCUCUUCAACAAAGCAUAAUAGUCAAAGUGAAUACAGAGCUAAAAAACCAGUUGUAAGUGCAAGUUCAGUAGCUGGUUCCGAUAUACUAAACAGUAACAGAAAUGUGGAUAAAGUUGACCUUGAGUUGAAAGACGAACAAAUUAAUACAACAAAGACAAGGUCUUCAUUGUUAGUUAGCAAAGAAAGUUUAGAAAGAACAUUAACACUUACAGAAGAUAAAAUGAUGGAUGAGAAGUCAGAUUCAGCAUAUGAAUGUCAUGCAAAUAAGAUUGCAACUAGAGGACGAAAGAAGUGUGAGCCAGAGACAACACGAAUGAGUAAAUCUGCUCUUAAAGAAGCAGGUCCAAGCAAUGAAGAUGAAAACAAAGCUGCAUCUGAAAACCUUUCCAAGGUUAGAACAAGUAAACGUGCUCGAAGAGGGCCAAAUAGAUUUUCUCCUGACCCUGACUCUCAAAAAUCUCUCUGUGAGGAAAAUGAAAUGCUCAAAGGAACUAACUCUGGAUACCAAAAUUCUGAGGAUGAAAGGAAUAGGGAGAUGGUUGUGGGAAAUAAUGAGAAUGAGGAUUCUAAAACUUCGGAAGGUUUUUCAUUGCCAACUUUGAGAAGGGGAGGAAGAACAAAGAAAAGUAAAAAUGGAAUUGACAAUAAUGUAAAGAUUGUCAAAGAAAAUGUCAUAGAGCAACCUAGAAACCAUUCAGAAAUACGCAGAGGAAGAGCUAGCAUAGCAACAUCACAACCAUCUUCCGCAAAAUCAUAUCCUAAAACAAGAUCAAGGUUUAGCGUAAUCCCAGGUAGCAUUGGUAAUACAAGAAAGCAAGAAGGAAAUACUAAAUCUAAGGGGCUACAAAUAGAAGAUAAACAAAAGUUGCCAUCAGCCAUAUCCAAAAGAGGUACUAACAACGAUAAGGGAGAGACAUCAGAGGAUGAUAAAGGAGAGACUUCAGAUCAUAUAGUGGAAAAUGAAAAAGCACAAUGUUUUGUUAAAAAAAAAAAUACAAAAGAAAUGUCGAAUAUAGAUCAAGGAGAUCCAGAGGAUCAUUCUGAAAGAAGAGGAAUGUCUACAGAUUGUUCAGAAAUUGAUAGUGAAGAUUCACAGGGAUCUGUCAAAAGAAAGGGAAGAAAGGCAAGAGAAAAGUUACCAUCAACCCCAAAAUGUGGGAAACAGGAAUUGUCUGUUUCUAAUAGAAUUCUAUGGUCACCUUCUCAAAGACAGCUACAAGCAAGUAACCGCCCAAGAGUGCUGUUUACUGGCUAUAAAGAUUCACAGGAUGAAAAAAUUGUACUUGACCUCGGUGGGAAAGUUGUUGAAUCUGCCCAAGAAUGCACUGUCCUUGUUACAACAGCUAUAAAGCGCACUUGCAAAUUGUUAGCUGUUAUGGGAAAGGGGAUGCCAAUUGUAUCUCCUUCAUGGUUGAGUGCUUCUAAACAAGCUCGGAAUUUUAUAGACCCAUGGGAAUUCCUUGUAAAAGAUCGAGAGUCUGAAGUAAAGUUUGGGUUCCGAUUGGAGCAAUCGCUGCGUUCUGCUUCAAAGUACCAACUUUUUGAAGGACUUGAAAUACAUGCUACUAAAUCUGUUAAGCCCCCUCCAGAACAAAUGAAAGAAAUUAUUGAAUGUUCUGGAGGCCAGUAUUUAGAUAUGCCCCCUAAAAGAUACGCACCACAAAUCAGAGUAGUAUCAUGUCCAGAAGACAAAGGGCUGUGGACCACUUUUCGACGUGUAGGUAUUCCAAUCCUUGGGACUGAAUUCAUUUUGACUGGUUUAUUGCGUCAUCAGCUGCUGUUAGAUGAGUUUGUAUUAACGUCAGGCAUCAACUGCAAGUAAAAUAAGAAAAUGUAAUACUUUCUCAACACCACGUUCUUGGAACCUAGAUGUCAUGCUAAUGUUCUGCUUCCAUCCAAACCUCACUUGGAAGACACUUCCUUGUAGCUUUGGCGACUGCCAAGUGUGUAAGUGAACAAGCUAUUGACAAAAGGAUAGGCCUCUCCCAAGAGGAUGCAGUGUGCUCUUCCACCCUAGGUUUCCUAGCCAAGAACAAGGAUCCAGCCAACCCCUGGCCUCAUUCCUUAAAUACUGAAAGCUUCUCAGUGGCGUGGUUGGUAUGGUGUUGGCGUGCCACCUCAGUUGCCGCCAGUUUGAUUCUUAGGCAUUCCAUUGAGAGGGUGAGAGAUGUGUAUUUCUGGUGAUAGAAGUUCACCCUCGACAUGGUUCGGAAGUCAUGUAAAGCUGUUGGUCCCAUUGCUGAAUAACUACUGGUUCCAUGCAACGUGGAAACACCAUACAAACAAAAAACUUGAGAAUUGAGUUUAAUGGAAAGAGUUCUUUGCCUAGUCAGAGUCUUAUGAUAUUUUCUACGAAGGACCGAGCAGAUCAGAGGACCUUCUAGCAACCUCUGAUGCUCUGUCUAGAAUCCUUCUCACCCUCUUUCAAAGAACGCAUUGUCGUUCUUCCUAAGAUACCUGAUCUUCGAGGCCCAUUCCCAGAUUCAGGAAGACUACCUGUGAUCAAAGUGAAAACUCACAAAGUCCGAGCAGUCACUACCUCUUUUGCCUCAAGCAUAAUUUACCCCUUUAGUCCAUUCUUCAGUCAACCAUUUGGAGGUGCAAAUCAAUCUUUGCGUCUCACUACUUAAAAGAAGUUGAAACAAUGUUUGAAAAUUGCAGUGCCCUUGGGCCAUUAUCAGUGGCUGGCAUGGUAUUGGGGGGUAAGAAGCAUAGGAGGGAUUCUUGUACCUGGAGUGCCCUCCAGUCUUAAUGGAUGAGUGAGUAUGUAGUGUUUUUUUUUUGUCUGUGUAGGUGACAGCAUUGUCUGGUUUUUUUUAUUUAUUGGUACUGUGCCCAGGGAGAGGCACUUUUUUCUGUAUGUCUUACCAGCUAUCAGGCCUAUCCUCUGUUGCAAGACUCCCACUGAUGUAGAGGCCACUACAAGGUAAGAUGAGCUUCAACCUAGGCAGCAUUCACUUGUAGUAGCUCCCUUACCAGGUAAGGAAAUGACAAGCAUUGUUUCAAUGGUAGCCAUCUUUUCUAUUUCAGAAUCAUUAUCACACCUUAAUGUUUUGAAGUAGAAUACAACGGGGUUUCCGUGUCGCAAGCCGAAAAUCAUUGUAAACUGAAACAUCAUCGAAAAUCCUAAGGAAACCUUAGUAUUAAUGCUUUGGGUUUAUUAAAAACUAUG